AAACACGCCGCUAGACGUUCGUCAAAAACUAUUUCGUCAGAUUAAAAGUAUUGUGUGAAUUGUCAAAAUGUCAUCAGACGAAGAAAACGAUGACUUAAUGGAUUUGGAGAAAAUACGAGAUGAAAUACUCAGUACACCAAAGACUGAUCGAAUGCAAGUCAGUGCUUGGGAAGACGAUGAUGAUGGUGUCGAAGAAGAUAUGGACGCCGCAGAUCCUAUUCAUAAAGCAAUUCUAGAAGCAGCAGAGAAUGGCAGACUAGAUCAAGUGAAAAAGUAUUUCUCAAUGGAUCCUGCAUUAAUCAACUGCGUUGAUAAUGAUGGGUAUACUCCACUUCACAGAGCUUGCUAUGGCAAUCAUCCAGAAAUAGUAAAGUUCUUGUUGGAAAAUGGGGCAAAGAUUGAUGCAAAAACUCAAGAUGACUGGCAACCGCUUCACUCAGCUUGUUGUUGGAACAAUGUGGACUGCGCUGCAGUUUUAAUUGACCAUGGUGCAGAUGUGAAUGCUAGAAGCAAGGGUGAACAGACACCACUGCAUUUAGCAUCUGCAAGUUCUCAGAAUUCACCAUGUCUGCAGCUGUUUUUGUUACAUCCAGAUGUGAAUCCAAAUAUCAAAAACUCCAGUGGUGAUACAGCCUAUGAUAUUGCCAAGAGAAAUGGAAAAUAUUACCCUCUUUUUGAAAUAACAGAACAAUGUUUAAAUGACAUUUAAGUUGAUUUGUAGUUAUAAGUUUUUUUUAUUUGCCAAUCGUAAUUUAUGAUAAGUUGAAUGUAUACAGAUUUUUUUAAUUCGCCAUCACUUUCCAGAUUUUAUACAUUUUUCAGCUUCAAACGUCUUAUACUAAAUAUAUUUGUUAAUAAAAUGGAGACCAGAGUACUAAACUUGAAUAAAUAUAAUUUAUUACACUAUAUUAUUUAGUACAGUUUACAAUGCAAAUGUAUUUACAAAAAAUUACUAAACUUGUUGAAUGUAUCAUAAAAUAUAAAAAUGUACAACUGCCAAGUGGAGUUUCAUAAAAACAAUAAUGAUGAGUAUAAAUUAUAAAAACGAAUAAAAAUAAUACUUUAGUAAUCCAUUUUGUAAGCGUAUAAAAUACAUCUCGAUAUACGUUAAAAUGUAUUGUAUAAUAAUCAUAAGUCUUUUUCUUACAAUCACUACAUUUAAAAGAAAUUUUGGUAAUUUGAUCAUUGGACUUCUUUUUUCUACAGAAAACAUUUACAAUGCUAAUGUUAUCUUACAAUUUUUUCAUAUAUGAAUGCUUUUGGUCAUGUUUUUUAUGAAAAUAUAUUCUAAAUGUUCAACUCAAAAAUCAUAUAAACUUCUUUUUUUUUUUUAAAUAAUGACCUCUUGAGAUUGGAAGCAUCAAUAAUAAUUUCAUAUAUCUGAAAUAUUCAGCAUUUCAUUCUUUCUUUUGUUC